UAGAGGCGCUCUAGAAGCACGAGGAUAUUCGUGCAUGGUUGAAACGUGGUCAGUUUUUGUCAUUCAGCUUUGGGAACUCGCACGAAAUUAAACCACAGUUUUCAAUAUGCAGUCGGUUCUGUUCUUGGCGAUAGCCUCGUGUGUGCUGGCGAUGGUCCGUGCUCAGGCCACGGUGUGCGCGUGUCCGUUUUCAUGGAUGCCCGUAUGUGGAUCUAAUGGCGUCACAUAUGGCAACACGUGUCAAAUGAAAUGCGCGGACGUGACACUUAAAUCGGAAGGCGUAUGCCCCAAGGUAUGCCCCUGUCCCCGCAACUACCAGCCCGUGUGUGGAGCUGACGGCACCACAUACGGCAAUCGUUGUCUGCUCGAUUGCCAGAAUGUCGUCAUGAAAUCGGAAGGUGAAUGCCCUAAGGAAUGCCCCUGCCCACGUGACUACAGGCCCGUGUGUGGGGAGGACGGGGUCACAUACAGUAACCGUUGUCUACUAGAGUGCCAGGGAGUGCGCAUGAAAUCGAACGGACAGUGCCCUAAGCUGUGCCCCUGUCCCCGUAUCUACACCCCUAUGUGCGGAAAGGACGGCGUCACCUAUAACAACCGAUGUUUGAUGGAUUGCCAGGGCGUGGAGCUCGGAUAUUUCGGACAGUGUUAAAAUGUGAAAAGCCCUUGGACGAAAUUAUUUACUUGAUAUAUUAGAAAAAUAAUACUAAAUAAUAUUAUUCAACGUG